AUGCCAAAUGGAGUCAUUAUUGAUGAAUUAGGAAGUAUUUGGAAAAUUACUUUAUGUGUUGUUUGGAUUAUUUGUUUAAUUAUUGGUAUAUUCUUUUCUUUUGGCCAAAUACUUGAAAUUGGAAUUAUAUCCAAUUCAACGACAUUCAAUGUUGGUUCUUCGUUUAAUGGAGAUGAUACUGUUGCUUUUGUUUCUUUUAUUGGUAAUGAAAAAAAGAUAGAAGGAAUUGUUGAUUCAUUCAAUGGUAUGAAUAUUGUUAAUAAAAUAAAAGAAGAUAAGACUGAUGAAAUUGAAAAUGAAUUGAAUUCUAUUGGAUUAAAGUCAUCUCUUGUUUCUUUAGAAGAAGAUGAAAUUAGUUCUUCAUUAAGUGAAGGAGAUACAUAUUAUUUCUUUGAUGUAGAAUUUUUAAUAAAAACAUACAACCAGUUUCAAGCAACAACUUGUAAGCCAUACGUCAAAACUGAUUUAAACCAUCAAUCAGUGGAUAAAAUAACAAUUAGUGGAAAUGCUACUUUUUGGUGGCUAGAUCAUCCUGAGUUAAAUUCUCUUGAUAACAUUAAUAAACCAGUCAAAUUUGAAACACAAUGUUCAUUCACUGUUUGUUUUUAUUAA